GUAACAACAAUUUAGUAUACUUCCAUUUUAAAUGUUUAUCAUUGCGUACUUCUUCCCAUACUUAAAAUAGUAGCCUAUACAGUGUUAGCAGUAUGCCUGAAGCAGUGUGUUAUAAUUCCAUUCCGAACAUAGCCAGACUUUUUGUUGGGUAGUGUAGAGUUAAAAUGUAUUCUGCGCGUCAUGCAGGUGCCACUAUGCUUCUUAAAUGUCAAAGAGAUUUGAGAAGUUAGUGUGCUCUUAACUGCACCUGCCAUGGAUAUGCCAGCGUGGAUAUGCGUUUUAACCAAGUAUAUUAAAUGUUAAGUCAUAGGGUUGAACCCUCAACCUAUAAUCUCCCCGCGCUAGUGAACGUAGCGCGGCGCAUCGACCUCUCCUCCACUCCACGAGCCUCUUGAACGGAUCAGACGUCCUUCACACUUUAUCCAAGGUCCCCACUUCUCUCUGCCCUAUUUUACGCGUUAUUUUGGCGGACACUGCGGAGUUUUUCACUCUUGGAAAGUUUAUAUUUUUGAACGGACUUUCUAUCGCGUGGAUAUGUGGUGGAUGCUCUUUCCCAGAUGGAUAUGGUUUUUAUUGGGACAGUUGUGCGUCUUGCGUUUGGACUUACGCGCGCGUGCGAUGCCAAUGAUGCCAAUGUCCAAAGUGGUUUAUUCUCACGCGGGAAUGUGUCCGAACGAGAUGAACCCGAACCUGUGGGUGGAUGCCAUGAGCACCUGCAUGCGAGAAUGCGAGUCCGAUCAGGACUGUGAGCCAUUUGAGAAAUGCUGUUCAAACGUUUGCGGACUUAAAAGCUGUGUGGCUGCUCGCUAUGUGGACAUUCAGGGUCGGAAAGGUCCGGUGGGGAUGCCCAAAGGAGUGACCUGUGACAAAUUCAUGUGCACUCAACAGGGUUCUGAGUGUGACAUCUGGGAUGGCCAGCCGGUGUGCAAAUGCCGGGACCGUUGCGGACGGGAACCCAUGUUCACUUGCGCCUCAGAUGGUAUGACCUACUACAACAAAUGCUACAUGGACGCAGAGGCGUGCACCAGGGGCGUCACCCUCACCGAGGUCACUUGUAGAUACCACUUCAGCUUGUCCAACACCAGCCCUCUCCCAGAGGAGACCACUGUCCGACCCACUACUGCCCAUCUUGAGACCACGCCCAUGGACGUUCAACGUCCCAUCAUGGUCAGCAAUCCAGUACAUCACUUUGUCUUUGUGGGCGAAACGGCUAGCUUUCUGUGUGAGGUGAUGGGCAAGCCCAAGCCAGCGAUUACCUGGGAGAAACAGAUUGAGGGCAAGGAGAACACUGUGAUGCGAACCAACCACGUGCAAGGAAACAUAGUGGUUACCAACAUUGGCCAGCUGGUCAUAUACAACGCCCAGAUCCAGGAUGCCGGCAUCUACACCUGCACUGCCAACAACCAGGGCGGGUCUGUUCAGGCUCAUUUCCCGCUUUCUGUGGUUCCAAGAGAGCAGUCCAAAAACCAGCCAUUGAUGAAUUCCACGCGUCUACCAGCCGAAGAGUGCCUGAAAGCACCUGAUAUUAGUGACUGCGGGGAGGAGAGUAUUAGCUGGUACUAUGAAGCCAAACGCAACAACUGCUUUACCUUUACAUACAGCCAGUGCAACAAAAACAAAAACCAUUUCAAUACAUACGAGUCAUGCAUGCUAUCGUGUGGAGCGGAACUAGCAGCACUUUGCUCCUUGCCCAGUGUGCAAGGACCCUGCAAGGCUUACAAACCACGUUGGGCAUAUAGCCAUGCACUCAAGAAAUGCCAGUCAUUCGUUUAUGGAGGCUGCGGCGGAAACGAGAACAACUUUGAGAGCAAAGAAGCUUGUGAGGAAAUGUGCCUCUUCCCCAAGACCCACAACUGUAAGGUGUGCAAACCCCGCCAGAAGAUGGUCCCCAGCUUCUGCAAGAGUGACUUUGUGGUCUUGGGUCGAAUCUCAGAGUUAACAGAGGAACAUGACUCUGGCCAUGCGCUCAUUACGGUAGAGGAGAUCUUGAAGGACGAGAAAAUGGGGCUACGGUUCUUCGGGCAGGAACCUCUGGAAGUGACGCUGCUCAACAUGGAUUGGAACUGUCCUUGUCCAAACAUAACAAGAGCAGAGGGUCAAAUGAUCAUCAUGGGGGACGUUCACAAUGGCAUGGCCGUGCUGCAGCCCGACAGCUUCGUGGCCACAUCCAGUGUGCGGCGAGUUCGCAAAUUCCGCGAGGUUAUCAACAAAAAGACUUGUGACGUUCUGAAGGAGUUCAGUAGCACAAAGUACUAGGGGGCUUACGAUGCAAUACCAACAUUACUCUCUGGAAAUCCUAAACCAACGUGCCUGCCUCUCUCUUGCUUUUCUUCACGAAGCAGACUCACUGAUUUUUGCUGUUUUGCAAAAAGCGAUUUGUAGAUUCUACAAUCAUAUAUCAUACUGGUUCUUCUUCCGCAGCUUGGAGCUGCUUGAAUUAUCCAUUGAGAGACAAUUUAUGGAUUGCAAUGCGCGAAUGACACAUAGACGUACAUAUAUACUAGAUGAUUUCAUACAAAAGUAUUACCUUAUUUACAUCUACAUUUUAGUUUGACUAAAAAGCCACGAAUGUUGUAUUAAACCAGACUCUCUCUACCUGUAUCAGAUCAAACUCGAAUCUUCGGUUGAACGAUGAAACAGGUGGUUAAACUUUACUAACCUAAAAACUCUAUUUAUAUUUCAUCAAGAUUUCAUUGAAUAUGAAAGCCAUGUCAUACUAAAACUAAAAAAAUAUGACAUGUUAAAUACUCUUGCACCUUAUUUUAAUUCAUAGUCUUUCAUACUGUAAUCAUUUUACUUUGUUCCAUCUAUUUAUUUUAACACCAUACCAUUAUGUUACUACCAUAAAUUUAAAAACAAAGGUAGUUUUUAUAACUAUGUACAUGCUUUACAAAGUGUAAAAAAAUUUUUUUUUUUUUUUUUUUUUUUUUUUGUCAAACCAUACAAUGGCAAGCAUAUAAUGGGACUAUAACUAUUAUUUUAUGAGCAGUUGAAAUUGUAUUAAACAUUUAUGGAACAUUACCAGAGAAGCGAUUAAAGACAUUUCCAAUCAAAUAUCAUUCUUGUUCUUUAAGGUCACAUUUGAUGAGAACAAGUAGAAAACAUGCAGACUUAGAAUGGGUUUCGAAACUUCAUGAGGCAUUUUUGAAUGUGCUUUGAUAAGGGGGCGACAUACUUUAUGAUACAA